CCUUCCCCGUGUCUCACCAAGAUGUUUAUGCUUUUUCGCUUAGCAGUCAUAGCCACCACCCUGGUUGGGUUGGCCCAUGGACAGUGCAGUGUCAACAUCCGGACGCAGCUUAACGCACAGGAACCAUUGUUCCUGCGCAACAACCAGCUGUGGGCACCGUCGGGAUUCUCGUUGCAGUGGAACGCUGGCGAAUCGACCCUGAUUGCCUGUCCCGGCUCUACGAUCAGAAACACCGGUUCAGUGACCGCUACGAUCCAGUGCGUCUCAGGAAGGACGUUCAACCUGCGCGGAUCCAACGUCGACAUUUCGACCAUUUCGUGUAGGUCUCGGACGACCGGCCAGCUGCAAAACACGGGCCAAAGAUGUGGUGGUGGAGGUAGGCUGCUCAACCUGGGCUUUGAUGUGCCGAACGUUGGCUUCGUGACGUACAUCCAGUCCUGCUACAACAUGCAGACCGCUUCGGUGGUUUACACAAGCCAUUUUAUCCCCGGUGCAGCGAUCAAUCAUGCCAUCAGCGAGCCGUACCGACCAUCGUUCAAGUCGAACGGUGCGGCACCACACGUGACGCCAGCCACGUCCUACACGAUCCAUGGGCAAACCACCCGUUUAAGGCAAUUGUUGGGAUCGCUGACGCAGGCCAAACGAUUCAUCACCAGUAGAUCGUUCAUGGUCCGCGGACACUUAUCUCCCCAUGCCGACGGUAUUUUCCGCCCGUGGCAGUGGGCCACCUAUUUCUACGUCAACGUCGCUCCCCAGUGGCAGGCGGUCAAUGUUGGCAACUGGCUGCUGGUCGAGAAUGCAGCUCGUGCCGUGUCCGGUCGGUUGGCGGAGGACAUGCUUAUCUUCACCGGAACGCACGAUGUCCUGACGCUGCCUCACAUUAACGGACAGCAGGUACCGAUCACGCUGGAGGCCGGCGGUAUCCAGGCACCGAAGUGGUUUUGGAAGAUCAUCAAAUCGCCCCGCACGAACGCUGCCAUUGCGCUGAUCAGCAACAAUGAUCCAUUCCGGACGCGGAUCACGCGCGGUGAGAUGUUGUGCCAGGAUGUGUGCGCACAGUUUGGCUGGAGUAAUCGAAAUUACGGCAUCUUUGCACGCGGCUUCACCUACUGCUGCACCGUGGCCGAUCUUCGCCGUGCCAUUCCGGUCAUUCCAGCGGAAGCCAGUGCUGCUAAUGUGCUUCGGUUCUAA